AUGAGUCACGGUGAUACAUCAGACGCUUUUUUGCAACAAGUUUUUCGAAAGGUAGAUACUGAUGGAUCAGGUUCAAUAUCAGCAAAUGAACUUCAAUCGGCUCUCUCUAACGGCACAUGGAGUCCAUUUAAUCCUGAAACUGUUCGAAUGAUGAUAGGAAUAUUUGACAAUGAUAAUUCAUCAACAAUUAAUUUUAAUGAAUUUAAAGCUUUAUGGAAUUUUAUAACACAAUGGGAAAAAAUAUUUCGUGGUUUUGAUGAAGAUAGAAGUGGCUCGAUUGAUAGAAAUGAAUUUCGAAAAGCUUUAACGACAUUUGGUAUGUUUGAUCGUGAUGCAUCAUCAACAAUUGAUUUCCAAGAGUUUCGUGCUCUUUGGAUGUAUGUUACUGAAUGGGAAAAAUGUUUCAGGAGAUUCGAUCUGGAUGGUAGUGGUUCUAUUGAUAAGUAUGAGCUCAAAACAGCGUUGAGCUCGUUUGGUUAUCGACUAUCGGAUCGUUUCUAUGAUUUACUUAUUAAAAAAUUUGAUCGAACUGGUCGUGGUACAGUUGCAUUUGAUGAUUUCAUUCAAGCUUGUGUAUCGAUUCAAACAUUAACAAAUGCUUUUCGUCAAUAUGAUCGUUCACAAACUGGAGAGAUAACAAUUAAUUAUGAAGAUUUCUUAUUACUUGUCUUUUCACUUAAAAUGUAA